UGGAAAUAGGACACCGAGCAUGAGAGAGGUGAAUUAUUGAGCAGUACAAGUGGAGGAAAAGAGCAGUACAUGGAUCACGUUUACCAUAUGUCCAUUCAAAUGGCAGCCACCCAUCCAUUUACCUAUGAUUCUAGACAGAGAACAGCCCAGAUCAAAAGAGUAAGCAGAGGCGAAGAACGAGAUCGACUUCAAAGAAGCUGGUGGAAAGUAAAAAAACAAUUCCAGAUCACAUGUCAUGUCAAUGAUGAGAUGUAUUUGGACAGCAUUACCAUGCCAUGUUACCCUGAUAAAACCAAGGUGCUUGUCCCCUCUAGUGUUUCAUUCCUACUCUAAUAAAUUUUAUUGCGCUAGGAUGCUUCAUGGGCUACUAUAAAUAUGGCUUUGGGGUGUCUGCUAAGUAUGAAGGUGGCUUGAGAGGAGUGGGCAGUGAGUUGCAAUAUCUCUGUAGCAACCAAGUACUGUUUGGAGAAAAUGGAGAUCCCAGUGAUCAACCUUGGAGAGAUAGAGGGAGAAAGGAAGAGCAAAACAAUGUCACUUCUCCAUGAGGCAUGCGAGAAGUGGGGGUUCUUUUGGCUCGAGAACCAUGGGAUUGAUGAGGGCCUGAUGGAUAAGAUCAAGGGACUGGUGAACCAGCACUACGAGGAGAGCAUGAAGGAGAGCUUCUACAGCUCAGAUCUGGCAAAAGAAUUGGGAUGUAAUAUCAAAGCCUCUGAUGUCGACUGGGAGAGCAGCUUCUUCUAUCACCAUCAGCCGGACUCGAACAUCAACGACAUUCCUGAACUACUUUGUGAAGUAAUGCAGGAAUAUGUUGCACAAUCGAUCAAGUUGGCUGAAAGGCUUGCGGGACUUCUGAGUGAGAACCUUGGAUUGGAAAAAGAUUACAUGAAGAAGGCAUUCUCAGAGCCUUUUGUUGGGACAAAGGUGGCAAAAUACCCAGAAUGCUCUCAGCCAGAGCUGGUGAUGGGCCUCCGAGGCCAUACUGAUGCUGGUGGAAUCAUCCUAUUGCUCCAGGAUGACAAGGUCCCAGGUCUUGAGUUCUUAAAGGAUGGGGAGUGGGUGCCAGUACCUCCAACAAAAGGUUACAGAAUCUUUGUGAACCUAGGUGAUCAAGUGGAAGUGAUGAGCAAUGGGAUUUACAAGAGUGUUCAGCACCAUGUCCUUGCUGACAGAAAUGGGAGCCGAUUAUCUAUUGUUACAUUCUAUAAUCCAGGGGCUAAUGCUAUCAUUUCCCCAGCUCCAAAACUCGUUUAUCCAGGUUGCUACCGUUUCCAAGACUACCUCAAUUACUAUUCCACCACUAAGUUUUCAGACAAGCUUGCUAGGUUCCAAACCAUAAAGGAAAUGCUGGUGCCAUGACAGUAGCAGGACUGCUUGCUAUCACUACUGAACAUGAAGCUUCCUCCUAAAAAGUUUGUGGUGAUAUGUAACUGCUGAAGGAUAUUUGUAAAGGUUUGUGAUCCAGUGUCUUUAAUAUGCCAGAGUGCUAUAUAUAGUGUGGAUUCUGCUUUUAUGUUGUCUUUUGAGUCAACAAUCCAUGGACAACAUCUUAUUUUAUGUUGUCUUUUGUACUUUACCGAGUGAUUAUAUAAAUCCUAUGUUUGUCUGUC